AUGGCUGGCGCAACUCCUUGUCCUGAUGGUCACAAAUCUGAGCCUCAGUCUGAUUUACCGACUGUCUCAGUCUAUGAGCUCCCCAUUGAACCUGGAUGGUCGAGCAGCUACUCUCGACUGCCGAAGACAAAGUAUGUUGUGAAUGGUGUAACCUACGACGAUGGCAAACCUCGUCUAUUCAUCGGCAAUGGUAGGCCCGGACCAAAUACUCAGACCCCGCAGGCGACAUCAUGGCCAAUUCAUCAGGACGAGAACCAAAGUCUUACAGAGACGGAAGCACAGAAUGACGCAGAGCAGUUUGAAAGAGCUGAAGAGAGGUUUCCUCGUUCAGGCAGCAAUCCUGGCCGUCAUUAUCACGGCAUACAUCUCACGGGGUCUGGUUUCACACAUCUCGGUAAUACUAUAGGCAUGGGUCAAAGCUCUGGAAAGAAUACCUAUUCAGACGUCUAUGUAUCAGGAGACCAUCACGCCAUGUUAGGCAACGUGUUCACGGACUAUUUGCCAGGAAUCAAUUCGCAGCAUACCAAACCAAUGGCUUCUGGUUCCCAGGAGUCGCAACAACAGUCAUGGAAAGGGAAGGAGCGAUACUCUCCACCGUAUGGAGCUUCAGUCAACUGCACUAACCAAGCAAAGACUACUGCCAACCAGGCUGCGGUAGCAGGAGAUGGAACUGCUAUGCGAUCAGGUUGGAGCCGUGCAGGCCAGGUGCUUGGUGAAGAACCACGAGCUAGGCUGCACAAGCAAGAUGGCAAGGGACAAGGGAAAGCACAAGACUGUAGGACAAUCUCGUGGUUGAAACGACAUGGAUGUGACAUUCCUUGA